CUUUCCUUAACCCCUGGGUAUGUUUGCAUACAUAUCGUAUGAGGAUGUGAAGAGGAUUCCUAGUCUCAAGGACCAGACGGUCAUUGUGGUCAAAGCCCCUGCUGAAACCAGACUAGAGGUGCAAGACCCUGCAGAGAGUCUCCAGGUCCACCUGAGCAGUACCCAGGGUCCAAUAGAAGUGUUCCUUUGCUCUGAUGACCACGCCACCUCCUCCACGCUGAACAACGUGGCACUGAAUGGAAAAGGACAUCCCUCUUCAUCGUAUGUCAAUGGAAACUCCUCUUUGUCCGUCUUCAAGGUGUCACAAGGGGGUAAUAACUCCACCGAUAGCGCCAGUAUCAGUUUCUCCAACGCCCUGUCCAGGCUCCCAGCAUGCUCAGCAGUGACAGUGACCCCUGUCUCCCUCCCCCUCCAGAAUGUCGACCAGGAGCCCUUUGUCUCCCUCUCUCCCUCCCUCCUCUUUGAGGAGGAUGACAACAUGCUCAGCCUGGGGGAAGACAACUUGUUCUCCUACGACCUGGACAAGCUUCCACUGGAAGACCUGCUCUGUAACUGAGUGAAAUGGAAACUCAGCGGCCAUUUUGGAGCCAUGUUAUUGGCCCAGAUGUAUGGCCCCAAUGUGGUCAUUUACAGUAUAAUGAACUGAUGUAUCCUAUAGCCCAGUGGUUUCAGUUUCCAUUUUGGAGCAAUGCUUUUUCUUGACUUCCUGGACUGGAUCGCUCAUAGAGGACCUGCUGUGUAAUUGACCUUGAAUGUGAAAAUACCUGUUCUUGGUAUAGAUGUGAAGGAAGUAAGCCAACGUUGCCAUCCGGACAAAUGUGGCAGGCCAGCACAAACACAAGCUGGCUAGAGGGGGAGAAUUCUGUGGCUGAACGAACAGACAAACCCCUUCUCAAAGAGUGUCUUUCUGGUUAGACCUGCACUGACAGGCAAACCAACAUUCUCUAAACAAUCUCUCACUCCCCAAAGCAGACCGUUAUGUCUUCUGGAUGAACUGUUCCCAUAUCUUCCACUGUGUGACUGUUAUCAGUCAACCUGUGUUUAAUAAUGUAAUGUAGUGGACCCUACCUGACUAGGUCCUGGUUCACCAGAAGCGGGCAGACCUCAUAUAUCUAGGCCCCAGGUUGUUGACGUCUGCCUGGGCGUCGAUGGUACGUGAGUCCCUUGGUCUUCCACAUGGAGCCUUCUGACCCAAUAUGGGGAAGAGACUCACUGGGAUUGUUAGGAUAACAAUAAGUAUGUAGUGAGAGAUGGCCCUAGGGAUUGCAUCCCAAAUGGCACCCUAUUCCCUAUAUAGUGCACUACUUUUUUAUCAGGGCUCUGUUCAGAAGUAGUGCACUAUAUAGGGAAUGGGGUGCCAUUUGGUGUCGAGCAUGUAGGGAAUGGGGUGCCACUUUGGUGUCGCGCAUGUAGGGAAUGGGGUGCCAUUUUGGUGUCGCGCAUGUAGGGAAUGGGGUGACAUUUUGGUGUCGAGCAUGUAGGUAAUGGGGUGCCAUUUUGGUGUCGAGCAUGUAGGGAAUGGGGUGCCAUUUUGGUGUCGAGCAUGUAGGGAAUGGGGUGCCAUUUUGGUGUCGAGCAUGUAGGGAAUGGGGUGCCAUUUUGGGAUCAUCCUUUUCCUAAUCACUUGCUGUAUCUUUAGUUGUAUCUAUUUUAGGAGAGUGUUAUAUUGCUUGUUCCCUACUGCCACCCGUAGCCUCUGUUGAGUCCUGUAUAUUGAAGCAAUGUUCCUCCUUACCACCAGUAACACACACCCAUGCGCACACACACACACACACCCAUGCACACACACACACACACACCCAUGCACACACACACACCCAUGCACACACACACACACACACACC